UGCUUCUGGACUCCAGCCUCCAUCCUCUUCAUGGCCAUCUUCUUUGCGUCUUUCUAACGUGUGACUUUGCUUGCUUGCAUCUUUUUUUUUUAGUCUGAGAUUUGAACAGAAGAAACUCGAUUGUUAGAAUACACUUUGUAUACCAUUUGCACUAACGAAUUAAGCAUAACUCUUUGGGUUUGGUAAAUCUCUAACUUAGUGUAAUGCUUAACUUGAACUUCCGUGCCAGUCAGGUUAGAAAUGGAGCUUAGAAAUGAUACAACCAAAAAUUUGCCAUCAAAUGUUCUUUCCUAAAGUUCACGCAGUGUGAAUGCCUCUGCUCUAAAAAGGCAUCGAUUUGACACAAAAACCAGAGAAUUUUAAAAAGUGGUUUUAAAAUUACUGUCAGCACUUUGAUGUUGAAUUAUUCAUCUUGGUUCCGUGGUGUUCAGACAGAGUGGCCCCUGAUUCCCCAAUGGUGUGCCCUUCAGCAGAAAGAGGAAUAAACAAAGCAUUACUAGUUUUAUGAAAAUUCUGUUGGGAAGACUACACAAGUCUAUUCUUUAUGUAUGUGGGUACAUGCUUUUUGAAGGCCAUGAGAAGAUCAUGCUAAGCUCAAAAGCCCUAACAUUGUAGCUUGCAUGUACUUAACACAUUCUGAAUCAGCUGCAGUACUGAAAGAAACUGUAUUUGUUGAUGCUUCUCUUAAACAAAAACAAAUACAAUCAGCCUGAUGAAUGGAAAAAGGAUGGGUCAUUCAGUAACAGAACCAGGAAGAUAUCGGAAAGUAAUGAUAUUGAUUAAAAUAGAAGUAAGAUAUUUUCACACUUUAACACAUAUCCAUGCACGCCGUGUUUCUCCUUAGCACAAAGUCAGGAGUUGGUUUGGAUGCUCCAUCCCUGGAGACACUCAAGAUCAGGCUGGAUGGGGCUCUGAGCACCUGAUGGAACUGUGGGUGUCCCUGAUCAUUGCAGGGGACUUGGACCAGAUGGCCUUUAAGGUUUCCCAUCUGAAACAAUUCUGUGACUUCCUGAAUUAAACUAUUCCAGACUAAUACUGAAGCAGGGACACAUACAGCUGCUCAAGAUGUCUGAGGGUUCAUGCAUUGUUCAGGUUCAAUGCAGUAGAACUGCCUGAUUUAUCUUGCAUUUCUAUCACAGCUAGGAAGGAAUUUGUUCCCCUACGUGUGACAGCACCUCCAUGACAUCAAUGGCUGUUCAGCCCAGUGACAGCAGCUCAGGCUUUUGCUGUACAGGUACAAGAAGAAACCAUGUUCAAGUAAGGAGCAACAAGCAUGGUUCAUGCUGCAGUCCAGAAGUGUGCAGGAUGUCAGCUCUUACUGCUGCUGCUCUACCCACCUCCUCAGUGCCACCUGAGCUGUGAAAUGCAGCGUAUUCUACAUGGCCCUCUCAUACCUGCAUGCAAACAGGAAAACAGAGAGGCAGUCCUCACUGCUCUCCUUCUAAAUGCUUUGGGCUUUAUCCAGUCUUUCAUGUUAUUUUGGUCUAAAUUGGGUGGUUUUGGUAUUCAUUCUGUGUACGUUGCCCAAGCUGCACAAGAUUAUAUGGAUUUAAGCUCCUCUUUGCUUAAUACAGCACUUUCACACAGGCACAUGCUAACACAAGUGAUCAAUGAAGGGUUUUAAUUAGUUUUUUUUCUGAAUAGAGAAUGGAAGAAAGCACCCCAUGAAGAAAUUAAUUGUAUAGGCUGGGGACUCCCAUUGAAUAGGAUUAACUUUCCUUGAGACAGUAGCAUUCUCACACAACAGUCACAGGCUUUUUAUUGCUUUUUUGCAGUUUUUCUUCAUACACAGGAUCUGCAAUUAGCAAUAAAAUAAGAUAAAAUAAAAUAAACUUAUAAAUUACUGGAAUGAUCAAAGCAAAUUGAGAAACCUGAAAUGACAUUAUUACUAAGCAGGUGUUGGAAAUGUCCUGUAGCUAUCUGAACCUGUAAAGAAAAAGGUGGGGGUGGAAACUUGUGCCAGGAAAUUUUGGGGAUAAGGUGCUAUGAAAUGGGGUUUUGGUGCUGGAAAGAUGAUAUACAAGUAACAGUAUUCACAGUUCAAGCAGUCACACCAGAACUGUUUUCUUCCAGUAUCUGUGUCUAAUCCAAUUUUCACUUAAAAGGCCCCCUGCUCAGGGCAAAAAUGAACAGAUGACCAGCUGAGUUCAGAUCAUUUGAUGACAUUUUUCUUCAGAAUCAGGUUGCUGCUAUCUCCAGCAUGUGACACUUUCCUAAAACCAUCAUGGCUUAUGUUUGCCACUAAGCAAAGACCCCAGCUUGGGAGAAGAACUUCCUUCCCAGGAUGGGGGACAUACUGCAUGUGCCAGGCCUCAUUUUCUUCCAGUCUUUGCAUUACUGAACUUACAGACUGCUGUGCCUUCCACGUGCUUCGGCUGAGGCUGUGCUCAGAGGCAUGUGGCAUCCUUUCUGAAGUAGUGGGAUCUGAACUGCAUACAACAGGUAAAGACAAGCGAUAAAAUCCACUGUGUAAAAGGAGAAGACACGUGGCAUUUUGGCACCAGUACCAAUGAAGCUAACAGCCUUCUCUACUUUCUGUUUUUGGCUAGCUCUCUUUUUGGCUGGCUUCCUUGGCAUAUGCAUUACUGACAGUUUUAUGGGAAGUCAGAAGAACCAUACACUAAUUUUCACCAAGGAAAGCAAUAUUCGCAACUGCAGUUGCUUGGCAGAUAUCCGUGACUGUGACUACAGCUUGGCAAACCUGUUGUGCAAUUGCAGAACAGUGCUGCCUUCUACCAUGGAAAAAACUGACUACAAUAGCGACCUGACAAUUUGGUUCACAGACACCUCUGGGCUGGAGAUGCUCCUCAACUUCACAAUGGUGUGGGAUUUGAAGCUCUCCUUUUGUGGCACUACUCCUCUACCAACAGAAUACUUGACCAUCUGGGGACUGAGAAAGCUCCGGGUAAAAAAUAAGGUCAAGGGACAAUUUCCAGAGCAGAGCGUAACCAUCUACAGUAGCAGCAAGAAUGAAAAAGAAGAUCUACUCACAAUGCACAACAAAGACAGGCAAAUGUUAGUGUACAUUUCUUUCCUGGAUACCUCUCUUUUCAAUGGAUAUUCUUUGCUGAAGUCAUACAGUGUGGAAAAUGUCUCUAGUAUCACAGAGCACUUUCACAACCUGCUGUACUCCAAUGUUUUCUCAAACUCAGAUAACAAAAGUUAUGUUGUAACAUUCAUUUACUGAGUUCUCUAGCACAGUAAGCCAAAGGCAUGGCAAACUGCUGAAAGAGAGAUGGGACUCUGUUUGGUUUGGCCAGAAGGAACCAUUAUGAGAUGAAAAGUUUUGACUGUGUACUCUACAAGGAGGCGUUUGAAGUAAUACAGAUUCAUCUGACUAACUCAGUAAAUGCCUCCUUAAAGAACAAAAAACACAUGAAACAAGGUAAAAGCAUCACUACAAAUCUUUUAUAUUGUAAGCUAAGACUUGAACACACUCUCUGUUCCCUGACAAUCUUGGUCACUCUCCACUGGGCACACUCUGGUUGAUCAGUACUUUUCUUCCAAUGAGGGAGGCCAAAACUGCCAGUAGUACUCUGCACACAGGGGGAGUAAUCCCUUGCCUAUAUUUACUGGCCUCACCCCUGUGCUGUGAGGUUUGAGGCAUUUGAAACAGACUGCCCAGGUGUGUGUUCAAUACCCAUCCCUGGAGGUGUUCAAGGCCAGACUGGAUGGGGACCUGGGCAGCCUGCUCUGGAAUUAAAUGCGGAUGUGGGUGGCCCUGCCUAUGGUAGGGGAGUUGGAGCUUGAUGAUCCUUGAGAUCCCUUCCAACCCAAGCCAUUCUGUGAUUCUAAGAUUCUAUGAUUCUAUGAUUUGAGGUGGUUACAAGUUACCAGAGAAAAACUGAGAGUGCUGGUUUUCCUUGCCCUCCACUGAGUUGUCAGGGCUGGGAUCCCCAUGCUCAGCCUGGGUGACAGAGCCUCUUAGGACAGCAAAGGCAGCUUUGCAGUCUGCUUCCCACCUCAGCAUAACCAAUGGUGCAUUUGUGAGAUGGCCAGCAAUCUGUGGAUUUUCAGUAUGUGAUGGAGGGUGCCCAGUUAUGUAGCAGGGUACUCUUGUUUUCCAUUCAUUGUGGGAAAAGGUGGGCAAGAGGUCACCCUGCAAAAUGCCAUGAUUAUAAAGGUGUGUUUUUUCCCAUAGAUGGCUCCUUUCCCCAAAUACAGCAAAGUUGAUUUCAUCUUUUGUGCUGAUGGUAAACUCUCCUCUCUAAGAAAAGGAGCAAAUAAACCAUCCUGUGACUCAUCUGAUAAGUAAGGCAAAGCUUCAGGCAACAGGUAUUAGCUGCACUGUGGGAGAGAUUGCCAUUCCCUGAAAAACAUCAGGACAGUGUCAAUAGCCAAAAGUCUACUCCUUGCCCAUGUCUGCAGGAUUCACAUUCUGUGAGAUGCAAUUAAGGCUGGAAUCAAUGUGUAUAGCAUAAUAAAGUCCAAACAGAAUUGCAAUGCCAGCAAAGGAUUACAUUUUUUGGUUUUUUUUUUUUUUUUUUCUUUUAAUCUGGGAUAAAAUACAUGUUCUGAGGGGAACAGUUAUUAAGAUUCUGAGGAACCAAUGAAUUUUUUUCAGUAACUUUAAGCCUUGCCCAUAAUUAUAAUCAAUGAUGGAGCAGUUUUGCUAGGUAACAAAACUCAAUUUUUUUUUUUACAUACACUUCAUUACUACAGGCUUUGCCACUGAAAUCAACAGUGUAAUAGCUAUUAGGAGAAUCAGGUCGAUUUGCAAUUGUAAAUUAACAGAUUUAAAGACACUGGUGUUUAUGGGCUGAGCAGUGAACUCCAUUUAACUCAGAGAGCUAUUCAAUCAGCUGUUGUACAGACUUUUGUCAUUUAUUAGCAUCUUGAAAACAAAUUGAAAGUUUUUUUCCACAGAUGAAAAAUAUUACUUGUAAACACUCUAUGGUUUUGUCACAAGUUCCAACAUGGUUAGGAGCUGAAGCUGAGGUGACAGAGGUUAGGAGCAGGGGUGUUGUUCUGAGCAUGUACUUGCCUGGUAUGGAUUAUAGAGGAAUAUAAAUCAUCCUGGCUGUGCAAAACUACUAACAUUGCCUUCACAAACUGACUGAUCAUUAACUCUGCACAGGAUACUCUUGUUAAAAAAUACACAUAAUAUAUUGAUUUCUAAAUGUUAUUAAUCCUCUCUUAAAAAUCAAGCCUAAAUCUUUUUCAGUUAAUUCACUGAUGCUCUGCUGCCCUCUAGUAAAAAAUGUGCUGAAUAACACAGUAACACAAUACUAUAUUGCCAGGGCAGCAAUGAUUGCUGAGGUUACUGUUUGAAAUCCACACACAGAGCAGAAACUGAGGACAUGUGUAUUCUGGCUUUCUUGGGAAGAAAUCACAUUAAUAGAUCUGUGUGCUUUUUAAUGCUGUAAAUUAAAGUUUUGAUCACUCUUGCCACA